CAACAGUGAUAUCCACGGUACAUACACGUGACUUCAAGCUGGAGACACAUGUAGGUAGCUAUGUUUUAGGAUUUCUCCCGUCUGGAUUAACAGCUAAACUUUAAACAUAAACUGGAUCUCAACGCAUGAUAAAAAAAAAUGAAAGUGAAGGUGCUGUGCAGAAACCCGGAUGAUUAUGUUCGUGAAACAACGAAAGAUAUACAGCGUGUCCCGAGGAACUACGACCCAUCUCUUCACCCAUUUGAGAUCCCAAGAGAGUUCACGCGCGCUCUUAAUGCAACCAAACUGGAAAGAGUGUUCGCAAAGCCGUUUUUGGCUUCUCUGGACGGGCAUAGAGAUGGAGUGAACUGCAUGGCUAAGCAUCCCGCAAGUCUGUCCACCUUGCUGUCUGGAUCCUGCGACGGAGAGGUGAAAAUGUGGAACCUGACCAAGCGGGAAUGCACACGGACGCUCCAGGCACACGAAGGGUUCGUCAGGGGCAUGUGCACUCGUUUCUGCGGCACCUCCUUUUUCACGGUUGGUGAUGAUAAAACCAUCAAGCAGUGGAAGAUGGAGGCCCCAUCCUAUGGAGAGGAGGAGGAGCCUCUGACCACUAUUCUAGGGAAGGCUGUGUACACGGGCAUUGACCAUCACUGGAAGGAGGGCAUCUUUGCCACGUGUGGCCAGCAGGUGGACAUCUGGGACGAGCAGAAGAGCAGCCCCAUCCGCACCUUCUCUUGGGGGGUGGACAGCUUCAACUCAGUCCGAUUCAACCCUGUGGAGACACAUCUACUUGCCAGUUGCGCGUCCGACAGAAGCAUCGUGCUGUAUGACAUGAGGGAAGCCACUCCGCUCAAAAAGGUAAUCAUGAAGCUGAGGAGCAACACUUUGUGCUGGAACCCUAUGGAGGCCUUUAAUUUCACCUGUGCAAAUGAAGAUUAUAACCUGUACAGCUUCGACAUGAGGAGGCUGGACGUCCCCAAGGUUGUGCACAUGGACCAUGUUUCGGCCGUGCUGGACCUGGACUACUCCCCCACAGGAAUGGAAUUCGUCUCGGCCAGCUUCGACAAGACGGUCCGCAUCUUCCCCAAAGACAGCGGCCGCAGCAGGGAGGUCUACCAUACCAAGCGCAUGCAGCACGUAAUCUGCGUCAAGUGGUCGCCUGACAACAAGUACAUCCUGACUGGGUCGGACGAGAUGAACAUCCGCCUGUGGAAGGCCAAUGCCUCUGAGAAGCUGGGAGUGCUGUCUCCGAGGGAGAAGGCCGCCAUGAACUACAACCAGAAGCUGAAGGACAAGUUCCAGCACCACCCGCAGGUCCGGCGCAUCGCCCGGCAUCGCCACCUACCCAAACCAGUCUACAGCCAGAGCAAGGAGCUGCGCGUCAUGAAGGAGGCUCGCCGCAGGAAGGAGAGGAACGUGCACAAGCACAGCAAGCCUGGAUCCGUUCCCUUGGUGACGGAGAAAGAGAAGCACGUUUUGACCGUGGUCAAGUAGACCGUCUCCCAUCUGCUAUAGGACUUUAAACCACGUUUCCAAAGACUGAGCAGAGCAUCGGUCAGCAUGCUGGAGCAUACGUGUGGAUGGACUAAACCUCAAGGAAAUAUUUAUAACCGCUCAGUAGAACACCAUAAAUCUCCACCUCUAAACAGUCUCCCAGAAUCUUUAUGUUUUAAUGAUGUAAUCAUCUCUAGAACAAUACCACUAUAGGCAGGUGUAAACAUGAACGUGGAUAUUUACUGAAUGGUAUAAUUUGGCUUUAGCAAUUAAUACUAUUGGCGUAUCAUUAAAACCACUUGCUUUUUGUGGUAAGAAAGGUGGUAAGAACUAGAAAAUAACUCCUCUUUGACAGCAGUGUAAUGUCAAGCCAAUCCAGAUUCUUUAUUCCUUGUGGUGUGAUCUCAUGAUGUUUAGCCUUGUUUCUCUUUUGUUAUAUUUUAUAUAUGAAAAGAUAAAAUGCAAUAAAUAGUGUUCUAGAGUAA